AUAUCCCUGGCAUUCUACAGUUUUAGAAAGAAGAUAUUUUAUGACAACUGAUCUCUAUAUAGUACAUCCUGUGAUGAGAAAAAUAUUAUACUUAUUUCAUACCAAAUAUGCAGAUUUUCGUUUAAUUGAUAUACCUAAGCUACGUCAGAUUAUGCCCAUUACGAUGGAGGAGUUUUUAAAACAUGUUCAGACGUCUAGUAAAGAAGGAGCAAGAUAUUUACGUAAGACGUGGCUGAAUGAUUGCUGUGACAUCGUGGAUGAACUAAGAGAUGAUGUCGAGGCUAUGAUGCCAAAACAUAAUCAGGAUUUACGAAUGGAUAAGAUGGAUCAUUUUUUUGGUAGCGUUGCUUCAUUAAUGUCUAAUUUAUUACGACAAUGUGUAAAGAAUUCUAUCUAUGACCUAGUUGACCUUGUAGAAGAAUAUUGCCAUGGUAACAGUUAUGAUGGUGUAUAUGAUAUAUUUACUGGUAUGGCGCUACCAACAAUGAUUCACCCUGUCACUAUAUUCAUGUUAGAAGAUGGAGAAAAUGGUGAUAUAAUGUUUAAACCUCCAUUUCCACAUACUACAGACUUUUUUAAUUUAAUUAUUGACACCAUGAUAGUCAGUGUUGUCAAGUUACCUAGAUUAGAGAACUUAUUGUUUCAAACUGUUGAAGACUUGGACAUCAAGUAUAUUAGUAGUGUUAAAAUAGAAGAAGAAUUGGUUGACAUUGCAAAAAGUAGAAUUCAUAAAGUUGUCAUGGAAAACAGUCACGGACCAAUCAAAUAUAAAACAGUCUAUGAACCAUAUAAAUAUCUUCUAUCUAACGAAGCUGAUCAGACAGUCCAUAAGUUCAUCAGCCGUGAACGACCUUUACGAACAUAUGUUCAGGAAAUCGAAAAACUCAGGAAAAUGGUGUCAGAGGUUGGAUCUCUUCCUGUGUUAGUUCCAAUGCAUCUUUUCCACCUCAACUGUGACCAUAUCAACAAGUGGUUAAUAGACAGAGCAAGAUCUUUAAUUGAUACCAUGGUAACCAAUAUAAUGACAACUAGCGUAGAAUUUAAUCGAUCUAUAUGUGACCAAUAUAAAUUAAUUGUCAAGAAAAAUGCACAACAUGCUGAAACUACAGAAUCUUUGGUUGAAAUGCAGGAGUAUGUUGAAAAUCUGAGAAUGGGAGAACUUUAUGAACUCAAGGAUAAACUGGAGAUAGCUUGUGGUAACGUUUUAUUUUUAAUGGAUUAUGCGUAUUUAUCAUCAGAAGAUAUUUCUGUUAAUAGCAGUACAUUUAAAUGGCCUGAUAGAAUUAUACCCAUUAUACUUAACACUGAAACUAAACUACAGAAACAACAUGAAAUGGCUGUGAAAAAUCUGGCUAAUAGAAAAGAUAGAUUCUGUGAGGACAUUAGAAGAGUAGCGGAAUCUGUUCGUGAAUUUAAACAGAAAGACAAGAUACCUGAAGCAGAGACGUACCAUACACAAUUGCAGGAACUGGGUGUUAAACUUGAAGUUUUUAAAGAAGAGAAAGGUAAUAUAAAUAAGGAAGAGACGUUAUUAGGAAUGGAGACUCAGACGUUAUAUAAUGAGAUAACAGAUCUGAUUGGUGAAAAGGAACCAUUUGACCGACUCUGGUCGACAGCCGUUACUUUCCAUGAUCAGUAUGAGAAAUGGAUGAAUGGUCCGUUACUAGAAGUUAAUGCUGAAGUGGUGGAGGAGGAGGUUCAAAACCAAUGGAGAACAGCCUAUAAAUUAACCAAGAUAUUUGGACAUCCUGAUUUAAAGGGGCCCUUAAAAGCUGCUGCUACAAUAAAAGCCAAACUAGAGAAGUUUAAGAUUAACAUGCCACUGAUUAAUGCCUUAUGUAAUCCAGGUAUUAAACCAAGACAUUGGCAUAUGAUGAGUAUGAAGGUUGGAUUUGAUGUGACACCUAAGGAAGAUACACCACUCAAUGACGUUCUAGGAAUCGGUUUGGAGAAGUUUUUAGAUGAAUUGAUGGGAAUAAGUUCUCAAGCUAGUAAAGAAUUCUCGCUAGAAAAGGCUCUUAAGAAGAUGAAAGAAGAUUGGCAGAAUAUGAAUUUUAACUUUGUAGCUUAUAAAGAUACGGGAAUCGAUAUUCUGUCAUCAUUUGAUGAUAUUCAAGUUCUAUUGGAUGAUCAUAUCGUCAAGACAACCACCAUGAAGGGCUCUCCUUUCAUUGGUCCAUUUGAAAAAGAGGCUAGCGAAUGGGAUGUACAAUUGCAUCGUAUGCGUUCUAUCUUGGAAUCAUGGUUAAAAGUACAGAGUGCUUGGUUAUAUUUAGAACCAAUCUUUGGUUCUCAGGAUAUCAGAAAUCAGAUUCCAGUUGAAGGCCAAAUGUUUGAAGAAGUUGAUGAACAUUGGAGGAGUAUGAUGAGUAAAGCUAUAGAAGAUACAAGUGCUCUAGUCGUUGUUGGUCAAGAUGAGAUGUUAGAAAAACUUCAGCAUUCAGAGUCUAUGUUAGAUGAUAUACAGAAAGGAUUAAAUGAUUAUCUUGAGAAGAAAAGAUUAUUUUUCCCCAGGUUUUUCUUCCUGUCCAAUGAUGAAUUAUUAGAAAUCUUGUCAGAAACUAAAGAUCCUCUUCGUGUUCAACCUCAUCUCAAGAAAUGUUUUGAGGGUAUUGCUCAGUUGACCUUUAAUGAGGAGAAGGUCAUCAUUGCCAUGGAAUCUAAAGAGAAAGAAAGAGUUGACUUUCCUAAAACUAUCUGCCCAGCUGAUUCUCGAGGUCUGGUGGAGAAAUGGCUUUUACAGGUUGAAGAAGUAAUGAAGUUAAGUUUAAGAACCGUGAUGACGAAAGCUGUUAAAGCAUAUCCUGAAACACCACGUAAAGAUUGGGUUUUACAAUGGCCGGGACAGAUUGUACUAGCAGCAAGUCAAACACACUGGACAGCAGAAGUAACACAGGCUAUAAUGGCAGGUCAGUUAGAAGGUUAUUUAGAGAAAAGCAGAAAACAAGUGGAAGAAGUCGUCGCCAUGGUACGAGGAAAAUUAUCCAAAAUGGCCAGAAUUACUCUAGAGGCUCUUAUUGUUAUAGAUGUUCAUGCUCGUGAUGUUGUAUCUAAUCUACAUAAUAUUAAUACCCAGAAGGAAUCAGAUUUUUCGUGGAUCAGCCAAUUGAGAUAUUAUUAUGAGAAGAAUGCUAUAAUGGUAAAAAUGAUAACUACAUCUGUAGCAUAUGCGUAUGAAUACCUGGGUAACUCUGGAAGAUUAGUUAUUACACCUCUUACUGAUAGAUGUUACAGAACACUGAUGGGGGCAUUAUUAUUAAAUCUUGGUGGUGCACCAGAAGGACCAGCAGGAACUGGUAAAACAGAAACAUCAAAAGAUCUUGCUAAAGCAGUAGCUAAACAGUGUGUAGUAUUUAACUGUUCUGAUGGAUUAGAUUAUAAAGCUAUGGGUAAAUUUUUUAAAGGUUUAGCUCAGUCCGGUGCCUGGGCUUGUUUUGAUGAAUUCAACAGAAUAGAACUAGAGGUAUUAUCUGUAAUUGCUCAACAAGUACAGACCAUACAGCGGGGUAUAGCUGAACAAUGUAAGACAUUUGUAUUUGAAGGAACAGAGAUACUAUUAGAUCCAACUUGUACUAUAUUUAUUACUAUGAAUCCUGGGUAUGCUGGUCGUGCUGAACUACCAGAUAAUCUUAAGGUAUUAUUUCGUACAGUUGCUAUGAUGGUACCAGACUAUGGUAUGAUUGGUGAAAUAUCCCUGUAUUCUAUGGGUUUUGUUGAUGCCAGAAGUCUUGCUAUUAAAAUUGUGGCUACAUACAGACUCUGUUCUGAACAGUUGUCAUCCCAACAUCAUUAUGAUUAUGGUAUGAGAGCAGUGAAGUCUGUAUUAACAGCAGCAGGCACAUUAAAACUUAAAUACCCCGAACAACGAGAAGAUGUACUUGUUCUUAGAUCUAUAAAUGAUGUCAAUUUACCAAAGUUCUUGUCCCACGAUAUUCCAUUAUUUGAGGGAAUUGUUUCUGAUUUAUUCCCUGGUGUUCAGCUACCUAAACCUGAUUAUGUUCAUCUAGAGAAAGCUUUGACUGACAGAAUUAAACAACGUAAUCUACAAGUUGUUCCAUGGUUUGUGGAAAAGAUUAUACAGAUUUAUGACAUGAUAAUGGUUCGACAUGGUCUGAUGAUUGUUGGGGAUCCAAUUGGCGGUAAAACAUCCGCUUUUAAAUGUCUGGCUGAUGCUCUUGGUGAUCUCCAAGAAAAGAAACUCAUGGAUGAAUUCAAGGUAAUAAGUUGUAUUAUCAACCCUAAAGCUGUAACAAUGGGUCAGUUAUAUGGAUGUUUUGACCCUGUAUCACAUGAAUGGACUGAUGGUGUUCUAGCCAAUACAUUCCGUGAACACGCCUCCAGUACGACCGAUGAACGGAAGUGGAUUAUAUUUGAUGGCCCCGUCGAUGCAGUGUGGAUUGAAAACAUGAACACAGUCUUAGAUGACAAUAAGAAGUUAUGUUUAAUGAGUGGAGAGAUUAUACAGAUGAGUAAUAAACAGAAUAUGAUAUUUGAACCUAGAGAUUUAGAACAAGCUUCACCAGCUACUGUCAGCAGAUGUGGUAUGAUAUAUCUGGAUGCAAUACAACUUGGUUGGGAACCUCUGGUUAAAUCAUGGAUGGAGACAAAUUUAGCUGAUUCUUUCACUAAAGAACAAACAGAAACUAUAAAGAUGUUAUUUGAAUGGAUUUUACCACCAUGUUUAAAUUUUGUGACUAAAUAUUGUCGUCACCUACUACCCUGCCACUUGAUGCAUUUUACUAUGAGUAUGUUAAAACUGUAUGGAUGUCUCAUGGACGAUGUCAAGAAAAUUGGUCACGAGGAUGAAGAUGAUGAUGACAUGGAUUUUAUAGAAGAUGAAGAAGAAGAGAUGGAGGGAGGUGAAGGUGGUGAAGGGGUUUACAGUCAACCUGCUUCUGUCAUGGAUCAAAAACUAAAUGAAGAACGAACCAAUAUGAUCAUUGCCUACUAUUUCUUUUCUAUAGUCUGGUCAGUUGGAGCUACAUUAGAUACAACAUCCAGACUUAAAUUUGAUGAGUUUUUUAGAGGUCUAUGCGAGAUGGAAGGAAAUACUGCUAAAUUCCCCAAACCAAAGAAUCUGAAGUUUGCCAGAAAUUUGUUAAUACCGAAAAAAGGGACCAUUUACGACCACGUUUAUAUAAGGAAACAGUAUGGAUCCUGGUGUUCAUGGAGUUCUCUUGUGGAACCAUUUAACGUGGAAACAAAGGCAAAGGCAAUAUCAGGAAGUGUUUUUACAGCAGUAGAUUGGAAAGAUCGAGAAAUGCGUACAAUGAUUAAUGAUCUCAUCAUUAACACAGUGGAAACAGAAAAACAACGAUAUUUCUUACAAAGAUUUUUAACUCGUGGAAAACCUCUUCUAUUUGUUGGACCGACUGGAACUGGUAAAUCGGCCAUAACCAAUAAUUUCUUGUUAAAUCUACAAAAGGACAAAUACGUCAUCAAUAAUAUCAACUUCUCUGCACAAACUUCAGCCAAUCAAACACAAGAUAUCAUAUUCUCCAAGUUAGAUAGACGUAAGAAAGGUAUAUAUGGACCAGCUGUAGGCAAGAAACUUUGUGUUUUUGUUGAUGAUUUAAAUAUGCCAGCUAAAGAAAAAUAUGGUGCCCAACCCCCCAUAGAGGUACUGAGGCAGUGGAUAGAUCAUGGUUACUGGUUUGACAGAAAAGACACAUCUAUUCUGCAACUCGUUGAUAUAAUAAUGGUGGCUGCAAUGGGUCCCCCUGGUGGUGGUAGAAAUAAUGUUACACCCAGAUUUUUACGCCAUUUUAACAUUAUUGGAAUUGAAACAUUUGAUGAAGAAACCAUGAAGAAUAUUUUCUCACCAAUUGCUGACUGGCAUUUUAAAUCAUUUGAAACUUCGCUACGUAGAUUCUCCAGGAUUGUAGUUGGAGCUACUAUUGAGAUUUAUCAGAAUGCUAUAACAACAUUCCUACCAACACCAUCUAAAUCACAUUAUCUGUUUAAUCUGAGAGAUUUCUCUAGAGUUAUACAGGGUAUUUUAUUGUUAAAACCAGACGUUGUACCAGAAGGGACAGAGGGAGCUCAUAAAAUCUCCCGAAUCUGGGUACAUGAAGUUUAUAGAGUUUUCUAUGACAGAUUGGUGGAUGAUAAAGAUAGGAAUAACUUCUAUAAAAUGAUCAAGUCUUGUGUAGAGGCACAUUUUAAAGAUAAAUUCAAUGCCUUAUUUAGUCAUCUAGCAGAAGCCGGUAAAGUGGUAACUGAUGACAACCUGCGUAGUUUACAAUUUGGUGAUUUUAUGGGUAAAAAGGCAGAUGAGAAAAUUUAUGAUGAGAUAUUAGACAUAGAGGAAUUAAGAGAGACUAUGGAGAGAUAUUUAGAAGAUUAUAAUGUAAUGACUAAAGCUCCGAUGGAUUUAGUGAUGUUUAGAUUCGCUAUUGAACAUGUGUCAAGAAUCAGUCGUGUUUUAAAACAACCAAAUGGACACUGUCUUCUAGUUGGUAUUGGAGGCAGUGGUCGUCAGAGUGCUACAAGAUUAGCAGCAUUUAUGGCCGAUUUUGAGGUGUUUCAGAUAGAAAUAACUAAAAACUAUACAGUGACAGAAUGGAGGGAUGAUUUACGUAAGAUGAUGAGAAGGGCUGGAGAUGAAGGUGUGUCAACAGUCUUUCUGUUCGGUGAUCAUCAGAUCAAGGAUCAAUCUUUCCUGGAAGAUGUGAAUAUGAUAUUAAAUACUGGUGAUAUACCUAAUUUAUAUGAAAACGAAGAAAGACUGGAAAUCAUAGAAAGGAUGAUGGUUGUAUGUCAACAAGAAAAUGCUCAGAUAGAAUUGACGCCGUUAAAUAUGUAUAAUAAAUUUAUAGAGAGAAUGAGAAGAAACCUCCACGUUGUUUUGGCCUUUAGUCCAAUCGGAGAUGCUUUUAGAAAUAGGUUAAGGAUGUUCCCAUCCUUGAUAAACUGUUGUACCAUUGAUUGGUUCCAGGCAUGGCCAGAAGAUGCAUUGGAAUUGGUGGCUAAUAAGUUUCUAGAUGACGUUGAAAUGACACAGGAAGUCAGAGAAGAAACCGUUGUUAUGUGUAAACAUUUUCACCAAAGUGUUCGAGCUCUCUCUACAAAAUAUUAUGAUACCAUGAGAAGAAGAAAUUAUGUAACACCAACAUCAUAUCUAGAACUUAUUAAAACAUUUAAAAAUCUGCUCAAUAAAAAAAGAUUUGAAAUCCUCACAUUAAAGAAUCGUUAUAUGGUUGGUUUAGAGAAACUGGAAUUCUCAGAACAACAGAUCAGUGUUAUGCAGACUGAGUUGGUUGAAUUACAACCUAAACUGAUAGAAACAAGUGAGGAAACAGAGGAACUGAUUGUUAUAAUAGAAGGGGAGACAAUAGAAGUUGAAGCUAAGAAGAAACUUGUAGAAGAAGAUGAAGCUGUUGCCAAUAAAUCAGCUGAGGAGGCCAGAUCUAUCAAAAUUGAAUGUGAAGAAAAAUUAGCUGUUGCUAUGCCAGCUUUAAAUGCUGCUAUUGCUGCCCUGGAUACGUUAAAACAAAAUGAUAUAUCUCUUGUCAAAACUAUGUUAAACCCACCACAAGGAGUUAAACUUGUCAUGGAAUCUGUCUGUAUCAUGAAGGGUAUAAAACCAGAAAGAAAGACUGAUCCUAGUGGUAAAGCUAUAGAAGAUUAUUGGCCGGCAGCUAAAAGGAUGUUAAAUGACAUGAAGUUUUUAGAUUCAUUGAAAGAAUAUGAUAAAGAUAACAUUGCUGGUUCCAUCAUGAAGAAAAUACGAGAAAAAUACACAUCAAAUCCUGAUUUUGAUCCAGCUAUUAUAAAGAAUGUGUCAUCAGCUUGUGAAGGUUUAUGUCGUUGGGUCCGUGCUAUGGAUAUCUAUGAUAGUGUUAUAAAGGUAGUGGCGCCAAAACAGAAGAGUCUAGCCACAGCUGAAGGAGUUUUAUCAGAACAAAUGGCCAAGUUACAUCAAACCCAGGCUGAAUUAAAACAAGUUACAGACAAAUUACAAACAUUGAAUGAUCAUCUGGCUCAAAAACAAACAGAAAAAACAAAUCUAGAAGAGAAUAUAGAAUUAACUAAAAUAAAGAUAGAAAGAGCAGAAAAGUUGAUAAGUGGUUUAGGAGGUGAAAAAGUUCGAUGGACACAGAAUGUCGAAACGUUAACAGAAACAUAUAUGAAUAUAGUUGGAGAUGUUUUACUAUCUGCCAGUGUUGUUGCCUAUUUAGGACCUUUUAUUCUUGACUAUAGACAGACUGCUAUAAAGGAAUGGUAUUCUAUGUGUAAAGAUAAAGGUAUACCUGUAUCAGAGAUAUUUUCAUUAAAUAGAACACUAGGUGAUCCGGUUCAGAUUCGUGACUGGCAAAUAGCUGGUCUACCUGUAGAUAAUUAUUCAACAGAUAACGCUAUAAUUGUGAUGUCAGCCAAUCGUUGGCCUUUAAUGAUUGACCCACAAGGUCAGGCCAAUAAAUGGAUAAAGAAUAUGGAAAAGGCGAAUAAAUUAGAAAUAGUUAAACCAAAUGAUCCCAACUAUAUCAGAUGUCUAGAAAACUGUUUACAGUUUGGUAAUCCAUGUUUACUGGAGAAUGUAGGAGAAGAACUUGACCCAAUUUUAGAACCAAUUUUACUCAAACAGACUUUUAAACAGAAUAAUAUAGAUUAUAUACGUCUAGGUGAACAUAUCAUAGAGUACAGUCAGGGCUUCCAGUUCUAUAUCACAACAAGACUUAGGAAUCCACAUUAUUUACCUGAAGUUUCUGUGAAGGUAACAUUGUUAAAUUUUAUGAUCACACCACUUGGUCUACAGGAUCAGUUACUAGGUAUUGUAGCAGCCAAGGAAAAACCAGAAUUAGAAGAAAAGAAAAAUCAAUUGAUUGUAGAAAGUGCUUAUAAUAAAAGACAAUUAAAGGAAAUUGAAGAUAAAAUUCUAGAAGUUCUCUCCUCAUCUCAGGGUAAUAUUUUAGAGGAUGAAACAGCUAUCAAUAUUUUAUCAUCUAGUAAAGUUUUAUCAGAAGAAAUUUCACAGAAACAACAAAUAGCUUCCCAAACAGAAUCAGAAAUUGAUGGCGUUAGAAAUGGCUAUAAACCUGUUGCUCAUCAUGGAAGUAUUUUAUUUUUUACCAUCUCGGAUCUCGCUAAUAUAGAUCCUAUGUACCAGUAUUCAUUAACAUGGUUUAUAAACUUAUAUCAUCAGUCAAUCAUCAACAGCGAUAAAUCAGAUGAAUUGUGGGAAAGAAUAAAUAAUUUACGAGAACAUCUGACCUACAGUAUUUAUAAAAAUGUCUGCCGCUCUUUGUUUGAGAAGGAUAAAUUGCUCUUUUCCUUUUUACUGUGCAUUGGUUUAGAGAAAGGGAGAGGUGAUAUAGAUGACCAGGACUGGAGGUUUUUACUAACAGGAGGUGUGGCUUUAGAGAACCCCUUCCCAAAUCCUGCUGCCUCCUGGUUAGCUGAUAAAUCCUGGGCUGAGAUUGUUCGUGCUUCUUCACUUCCAGCAUUUAAGGGAUUCAUGGAUCAUUUUCAAAAACAGAUUGAUGACUGGAAGAUGAUUUAUGAUUCAGCCACACCUCACACAGAGACCUUACCAACACCAUGGUGUGAUAAAUUAACUGAUCUAGAAGAGUUGAUAGUAUUACGCUGUCUCAGACCAGAUAAGAUGGUGCCAGCCAUACAGAGAUAUAUAGCUGAUAGAAUGGGUCAGUUGUAUAUAGAACCACCGACCUUUGACCUAUCACUUUGUUACCAAGAUUCAAAUUGUUUCUCUCCUCUCAUCUUUGUUCUGUCUCCCGGAGCAGAUCCAAUGGCUGGCUUGUAUCGAUUUGCAGAAGAAAAAGGUAUGGGUAGUAAAGGUUUACAGACAAUAUCUCUAGGACAGGGUCAAGGUCCCAUAGCCGAGAAAAUGAUUUUAGAGGCUUUAGAGAAUGGAACAUGGGUUGUUUUACAGAAUUGUCAUCUGGCUGCUUCCUGGUUACCAGAACUCGAGAGAAUCUGUGAAUCGGUGAUUACAGAUGCUACAAAAACUCAACCAACAUUCCGUUUAUGGUUGACAAGUUACCCAUCACCUGCCUUCCCUGUCUCAGUUCUACAGAAUGGUGUCAAGAUGACCAACGAACCACCGAAAGGUCUUCGAGCUAAUUUGCUCCGAUCAUAUCUCAAUGAUCCCAUUUCUGAUCCCUUGUUCUUUGCCAACUGUACUAAACCUAGGGUAUUUGAGAAGCUAUUAUUUGGUUUAUGUUUUUUCCAUGCCUUGGUUCAAGAGAGGAGAAAAUUUGGUGCUCUAGGAUGGAAUAUACCAUAUGAAUUUAACGAAUCUGAUCUCAGAAUCUCAGUCAGACAACUAGAGAUGUUUAUCAAUGAUUAUGAAGAAGCACCUUUAGAAGCAUUGAAAUAUUUAACUGGUGAAUGUAAUUAUGGUGGUCGUGUUACUGAUGAUUAUGAUAGAAGAUUGAUUAUGAGUAUAUUAGAUAUAUUUUACUGUGAGAAUAUAAUUGAUGAUGAUACUUACAAGUUUUCAUCCAGUGGAUCGUAUUUUGCUCCAGUAAAAGGAACAUAUCAGCAAUAUCUAGAUUAUAUAAGACAGCUUCCACUUAUUCCACAUCCAGAGGUAUUUGGUUUGCAUGAAAAUGCUGAUAUAUCUAAAGAUCAACAAGAAACACAACAGAUGUUUGAUGGUAUUCUUCUUACAUUACCAAGACAGAUGUCUGGGGGAGGUAAAUCAUCCCAAGCUAUUAUUGAAGAUCUUGCCAGUGAUAUUUUAACCAAGAUACCACCAGAUUUCAAUCUGGAAGAAGUCCAGAAUAAAUACCCAGUACGAUAUGAGGAAUCAAUGAAUACUGUAUUAGUUCAAGAAUUGAUCCGAUUUAAUCGUUUAAUUCAAGUUGUAAGGCAGAGUUUACAAGACAUACGUAAAGCUAUUAAAGGCUUGGUUGUCAUGUCAUCCGAAUUAGAGGAUGUUUUUGAUAGUAUGAUGGUUGGAAAGGUUCCUGCCAUGUGGGCUGCCAAGUCGUAUCCAUCAUUAAAACCAAUGGGUAGUUAUAUAACAGAUCUUCUAGCCAGGUUACAGUUCUUCAAGGACUGGAUUUUUAGUGGAGCUCCGUCUGUAUUUUGGAUAUCAGGGUUUUAUUUUACCCAGUCCUUCCUGACGGGUGUUUUACAGAACUACGCCAGACGGUAUAAAAUACCUAUUGAUCAUCUUGCUUUUGAGUUUGAAGUGACCAAUAAGGAGACAAGUAUGCCAGCUAAACCAACUAAUGGAGCAUACGUAAAAGGUUUAUAUAUGGAAGGUGCAAGAUGGUGUAGACAAAAUCAUGUCAUCGAAGAAUCACAGCCUAAAAUCCUCUACGAUAUGAUGCCAGUUAUUUGGUUGAAGCCAGGAGACAAAGCAAACUUUGCAGAAGAAAUGACUUAUGCUUGCCCAGUUUAUAAAACAAGUGCUAGACGUGGAACCUUAUCAACAACAGGACACUCCACAAACUAUGUUCUUACUAUUCUUCUUAAAACAAACCAACCAGAAAGUCAUUGGAUUAAUAGAGGUGUGGCUUUACUCUGUCAAUUAGAUGAUUAACCAAUCAAAAAUCAUUGGAUGAAAUUGAUUUGCUGGAUGGAAGAAAGUUACCAAGUGGCCUUUACAAAAAGAAUGUGCCUAAACUUAUAUCAAAAUGCUUGAAUAGACAAUGAACAGUUAUUUCUUAAUAACUGAAAUAUGGGUAGGCCCUACCGGUACCCGCCAACCUGAGGCUUCAUGGGUCAGCUGGGUAACACCUCUCUCUUUGGGACUGUUUAAUUGAAACAGGACGGGGUUAGAGGGAGGGCGAGGAGGUAGUGGAAAAUUAUAAAUAUUUAACUAAAAUAUCCUUAUCAAGAUUCUUAAUUAUUAUACCGUCCUUUAUUGAAUAUGCUCAUUAUUAUAAUAUGUGAUAAAAGAUCUGUUUGUAUAUAAAAUAAACUGUGAUAGAUAAAAUAUUAUCAGGUAGUUUACAUUAUAUCAGGGAACUCUUUUAGACUUUGGUCUGUCAGAAAAUCAAUUAUAUAACUUAAUUACAAACGCUAAAUAUACAAUACCUCCAUAAGAGAUUUUCAGAUCAUAAUCUUCUGACAUGCGAAAUUGUGAACUGAUAGAGCCCUGAUGUUUAUAGUCAAAUUUUAUAUUGUUAAUGAUUAUUAAUGUAUAUAUUUUUUUAAUUGUACAUCCAUUUAAGAGACAUUGCAUAUCUUAUCUAAUUUAUUAUGCCAAAACAAUAUUAAAGGUAUUUGUUAUGUUAUUAUGAUUUCAUGUAUAAACUAUCUCCUUGAAAUUAUUGCAUUAUGCGUUUAAUAACCUAGUUUCAUGAUAGCUUAUUUACUUAUGUUCUUUUCCUAAAUUAUAUAUUUUCUAAGAUCUCUGAAAAGUUUUUAUGGGAGACUCAAGUUAUCCAAAUCCAAUUCAUUGUAAUAUAAGCUUAAAUUUAUUUAUAUGCAUCUUUCUUAAAACGGCAGACUCACUAGCCAAAUCAUAUGGCUAAAUCAAUGGCCGCCGAAUUUAUAUGGUCGAAUGAGUGGACACGUUAACCAAAUUCUUCGCCCGAUUCACCAGACGAUUGCAUCACCUUUUACAUCACAUGAUUAAACAUGGCAGCAACCAUGUCGUCAAACAAUCAUGUGACUUCUCAACAUCAGUGGUGAUCGGCUAAUGGAUUCUACAAUCAGGGGAUUGCUUCGGCCAAAUGUACACACUAGGCGAAUGAAAAUUUGCCCAAAAAUAUAUCAAACUUUCGAUUUGGACGAAUAGAACUUCGAACGAAUGACACAGGAGACACUAGAAGAAUUUUGGCGGCGAUUGAUUCGGCUAUCGUGUCCAAAGCUUUGGAUUAGUUAUAUUCUAUAUAUGUUAUAAAAUGUAUUCAGUUUUCCGUCCUUUUUUAUAUGCUCAUGUAUUAAAGUGGUCAUAUAUUGUGGUCACCAUGUCCAUCCGUGAUUUAUUAUUGUGACAGUGGAUCAUUGAAUCCUGUUUGAAAUUUUAAUAGGCUUUUCAGCUUAUAUAACCGGUAUAUUGGUUUUCAAUAUUUCUGCCUAAUCCUUGACUUAUAAACCAUAUGUACAUUGUAAUAUUUUCUUUAAAUGUAGCUUUCCAGUUUUUCCUCAAAACAAAAACAAGAGUUACAAAUUUUCAAUGAUUGCAUUGUUACAAAACCUGUUGGUGGGUGUAUGUUUUAUUGCCUGGCAACUUGUUCCAGUAUUUUAUUUUAUAAAUUAUACAGUAAUUAUUAAUAAAUGUUUAUGUUUAUCUAUGGCAUCUUCAA